AGUAACUUCAAAUCCAUCGACGGCGGCGUCAAAACGCUCUUAGAAGGUCCCAGAACCGUCCGAUCGGUUUCGCCCCCCAGGUCCCGGUUCGGCACCGGUUGAAGCUUCGCCAGUCAACACGUCAUCACCUUUUUCAUUUUCAUUUUUUUUUUCUACUUGCAAUUUAGCUUUCUCGAGAGAAACCCCAUUUCCCCUCUUUACUCGUAUUCGGCCACUGCGAUCCGCCAGAUUUUCAUUUUCGGGCUCGAAUCGGAGCCUCCAACCAUGUCUUUGUCCGAUUCCGACUCGUCGUCUAUGGGCGGUGAUUACAGGAACUUCAGGCAAAUCAGCCGUGAACGCUUAUUGCAUGAAAUGCUUCGAUCAGCAAAAACAGGGGAUUCAAAAUCAACUUGGAAGGUUCUCAUCAUGGACAAACGUACGAUUAAAGUAAUGUCUUACUCAUGCAAGAUGGCAGAUAUCACAGAGGAAGGAGUCUCAUUGGUGGAAGAUAUAUACAAGCGAAGGCAGCCAUUGCCCUCAAUGGACGCAAUAUACUUCAUACAGCCAACCAAAGAGAAUGUUAUCAUGUUCUUGUCUGACAUGUCUGGAAGGACGCCCUUAUACAAGAAAGCCUUUGUUUUCUUCAGUUCACCAAUUUCGAGAGAAUUGGUUAAUCUCAUCAAGAGGGAUGCACUUGUGUUACCUCGCAUAGGUGCACUUAGAGAGAUGAAUUUAGAGUAUUUCGCUAUAGAUAGCCAGGGUUUUGUCACUGAUGAUGAGAGGGCUUUAGAGGAACUUUUUGGGGAUGAGGAGAAUUCUCGCAGAGGUGAUGCAUGUUUGAAUGUGAUGGCCACCCGUAUUGCUACAGUUUUUGCCUCAUUGCGGGAGCUUCCUUUUGUGCGCUACCGUGCCGCCAAGUUCCUUGAUCCAACCACAGCAACAACAUUUCGUGAUCUAAUUCCUACAAAGCUUGCUGCUGCAGUAUGGAACUGUCUUUUAAAAUAUAAAGAAACCUUUCCUAACUUGCCUACUACCGAAACAUGCGAGUUGCUCAUUUUGGACAGAUCUGUAGAUCAGAUUGCACCUAUCAUACAUGAAUGGACCUAUGAUGCCAUGUGCCAUGAUUUACUAAAUAUGGAAGGAAAUAAAUAUGUCCAUGAAGUUCCAAGUAAAACAGGUGGUCCACCAGAGAAAAAAGAAGUCCUUUUGGAGGAUCAUGAUCCUGUCUGGCUUGAGCUCCGCCAUGCACAUAUAGCAGAUGCUAGUGAGAGGUUGCAUGAGAAGAUGACCAACUUCAUAUCAAAAAAUAAAGCUGCACAAAUCCAACAUGGUUCAAGAGGUGGUGGUGAAUUGUCUACAAGGGACUUGCAAAAGAUGGUUCAAGCUUUGCCACAAUAUAGUGAGCAAAUUGAGAAGCUUUCCCUCCAUGUUGAGAUUGCUGGAAAAAUCAACAGAAUUAUUGGGGAGAUGGGGCUUCGAGAACUUGGGCAACUGGAGCAGGACCUUGUGUUUGGAGAUGCAGGAACAAAAGAAGUAAUUAAUUAUCUGAGAACAAAACUGGAUGCCACCCGUGAAAAUAAGCUGCGUUUAUUGAUGAUUUAUGCAGCCAUUUAUCCUGAGAAGUUUGAGGGUGACAAAGCUUCCAAGUUGAUGAAGUUAGCAGGAUUAUUAUCUGAUGAUAUGAAUGCUGUCAACAAUAUGAGAUUGCUGGAGGGAUCAUCAGAUGCCAAGAAAAGCACAAUCGGAGCCUUUUCUCUGAAAUUUGAAGUGCCUAAGGUAAAUAGGAAGCAUGCAGCUAGAAAAGAGCGUAAAGGUGAAGAAGAAACGUGGCAGCUAUCACGAUUUUACCCAAUGAUAGAGGAACUUAUUGAAAAACUUAGCAAAGGGGAACUUCCAAAGAAUGAUUAUCCAUGUAUGAAUGACCCAAGUGCAUCUUUUGGUGGGCCCUCGCAAGCUGCAUCAGUACGAGGAAGUCAAGGUCAAGCACCCCAUUCAGUGCGAGCAAGACGGUCCACAUGGGCUCGGCCUCGGGGCUCUGAUGAUGGUUAUUCAAGUGAUUCAAUACUGAGACAUGCAUCCAGUGAUUUCAAGAAAAUGGGCCAGCGCAUUUUUGUAUUUAUUGUAGGUGGAGCUACUCGAUCCGAGCUACGGGUAUGCCACAAGCUUACAGAGAAACUAAAGAGAGAGGUUGUUCUGGGCUCAACUAGUCUUGAUGAUCCUCCACAGUUCAUUACGAAACUGAAGCUGCUGAGUUCACAAGAAUUUUCAUUGGAUGAUCUUCAGAUUUAAAUUUGGAUGGAUCUGGAAGCUGGAAACCGCUUAUUCUCCAGUUUGCAUACCAACAUGUAAGCAUAGGUCCCCAUUUCCUUAGAAUGUUUCCAUUUUUUAACAUUUGAUGUAAAAUGUUCAUUAUAGAUACCAUAAAUUGUAUUGGGCUUUGUUCAGAACAACUAUGCAGAAGACAGGGUUGGGGCUUUAGUAGCAGCUCUGUCUAUAGAUGAUGUGCUGAAGUGUAAUUGAUGAUUCAUAUUGUAAUUGAUGUGCUGAAGUGUUGUCGCCCCAGAAAUUAACAGUGUGUAUAGUAUUAAUAUUAAUUGAUACGAGAAACCAAAUGAAGUCAUUGACAAGGAAGCCCUGCAUAAUUUCUC